AUGUGCGGUUGUCCUUAUGAUCGAGUGUCCACUGACGCAUGCCUACUAGAAAUCACACCACUGAGCUCUCCAUCAGAUCCUCAACCAUUUGAGGAGGUCUCGAUCCCCCUGGAUGUUCUCCGAUCUCGUCUUCGUAAGCAUCGCGCGUCUAUCAAGCUGCGAGACGAUCAAAUAGAAGCGUUACUAAGGCAAGCCGACAAGAACGGUGACAGGCGCAUCACCGUGGAGGAAUUCGAGGAAUUUAUGGCAUCGAAGGAAGCGCAAUCGUCACAAGUGAAAAGAGCUCUGUAUCUGAUCGCCGACCAAGUGAUAACACCAUCGCAAAGAGUUGAAGUUCAUUCGUACAUCGAUGAGUACUCGUGCUGCCCUCCACCACUUUUUAUUGUGCUUGCAUCUAUUAUUGAGACGUUUGUAUUUUUCUACUACUACUGGACAGAACCGCUGAGGCCCGAUGAGGAUAUUCUAACGUACUGUGCCGGUUGCAUUGUGAAUCAUCAUAUCGGCCCGCUAAUGUUUGCCCCUAAACUAAGGGCACAACUGUGGCGGUUCGUCAGUUACGCACUGCUCCAUGUUGGCCUGAUUCAUUUACUUGGCAAUUUGGUGGUACAAAUUCUCAUCGGAGUUCCUCUUGAGGUGGUUCACAAACCAUGGCGAAUCGGUCCACUUUACAUGAUGGCAGUUCUUUCCGGAUCUCUCCUACAAUACACCCUUGAUCCAGAUGUUUACGUUGUGGGUGCAUCCGCAGGAGUUUACGCGCUCCUUACCGCUCACCUUGCAAAUGUCGUCAUCAACUGGGCUGAAAUGCCGUUCCGCUGGGUUCGUCUAGCGUUGAUAGCGGUAUUUCUCACAUUCGACAUAGCAACCGCAUUAAUUCGCCGCUUUUGCUCGGAUGAAUGCGAUACAGUGUCGCAUUCAGCUCACAUUGCCGGUGGAAUCACUGGAUUUUGCUUCGGUGUCGUAAUCCUCUAUAAUGUCGUGGAACGACCGUGGGAGAAAACCAUCAAGUACAUUUGUAUCGCCUUAUACGUGGCGUUUCUCGGAUUCACCGUCGCGCUAACAAUCUUCCAAGAUCCGGAUUCUCCUCCGCUUUGGGACUCAAGCAAAUGCACUGAUUAG